AUGCCUAGAGUGUCAACUCCGUUCGUAUCUGGAAGCGAGAUGAAUUCAAUACUGGACAUGCGCCCUACUUCCUCAAGGAAUUCGAAGUACUACACUGCCAGAUCACCAGGGGAAAUAACGGCAACAUCCUUUGAAGUUUCACAGUACAUACCGACGUACAACCCGGCGUACAACAUUGACAAGGAGGAGCAGUAG